UUCAAAGUGGGCCGAUCAGCCCAAAAAACCCUUCAAUUUUCCUUGUGUACGGCUCCAGCAAUCCCAGCCGCCCUUCACUCCCUCUUUCUUCUCGCCUCGCCAUCCACCGGCCACGACACGCGCCGCCGCACCACUGACGGAGAUCCGUCACAGCUCCGUGGCGCCGUACGCCAGUGGUAGCCCGUCACUCUCCAUUUGGAGUAAAUUGUAUUUCGCGUUUGAAAGAGAUUGGAAAAAUGAGGCAGAGAGCGAAGAAAUCACCGCCAAUUAAAGGAGCAGCCAAUUCAGAAAUCUCCUUGGCGAACUCGAGGUUUGAUUUUACCCCCUUUGGCCUCUUCCCUUCAUUCUCUUUUCUUUUCCCAUUAGUUUUCUGAUCCCUAUUUAAGCAUACCUUUAUACAACUGAAGUUCGCAUGUUGGGAUUUUGAGGCCAUAAGAAUUUCAAUUGCAUGGUUAGACUUCCGAUCACGGCCGUCCAUCAAAUUUUUCCACCCAACGCACACAAUCACAGUUCUAAUUUCCUCUCCAGAAAGCACCAAUUCCUCACCCUUCUCAAGCUCUGCUCCUCAACAAACCAUUUAUUCCAAAUUCACGCCCAAAUUCUCAUCUCUGGCCUCCAAAAUGACCCAUUUCUCACCACUGAACUCCUCCGCUUCGCUGCUCUGUCGCCCUCCAGAAAUCUAUCCCAUGCCCGCUCUCUCCUCCAUCAUUCUGACCGUCACUCCGCCUCUUUGCCCUGGAAUAUCGCCAUCAGGGGAUACGCCUCGAGCGAUUCUCCACAAGAGGCGAUAUGGGUAUUUGGGGAAAUGCGGAUACGAGGACUGAAACCCAAUCACCUUACUUUCCCCUUUCUUCUCAAGGCUUGCGCGAAGCUCACAAUGCUCCAAAAAGGCAAGCAGUUCCACGCCGAUGCCGUGAAGUUCGGUUUAGAUUUGGAUGUCUACGUUCGGAACACUCUGAUUAAUUUUUACGGGUCUUGCAAAAGAAUGUCGGGCGCACGUCGGGUGUUCGACGAAAUGUCUGAAAGAACUUUGGUCUCGUGGAAUGCGGUGAUUACAGCUUGUGUGGAGAAUUUUUGCUUUGAUGAAGCGAUUGAGUACUUUUUGGAAAUGGGAAACCAUGGCUUUGAGGCGGAUGAGACUACAAUGGUGGUUAUACUAUCGGCUUGCGCUGAACUUGGUAAUUUGAGCUUAGGGAGAUGGGUUCAUUCUCAAGUGGUGGGAAGAGGGAUGGUCUUGAAUGUGCAGUUGGGCACCGCCCUCGUCGAUAUGUACGCAAAAUCGGGAAAUAUCGAAUGUGCAAGGCUUGUAUUCAAUAGUUUAAAAGAUAGAAGUGUAUGGACUUGGAGUGCAAUGAUUUUGGGGCUAGCACAACAUGGGUUUGCCAAUGAAGCCAUUGAACUUUUCACAAGUAUGAUGAGCUCUCCAAUAGUCCCAAACUAUGUCACUUAUAUUGGUGUCUUAUGUGCUUGUAGCCAUGCCGGAUUGGUAGAUGAAGCCUACCAUUACUUCGACGUUAUGGAGAGAGUACAUGGGAUUAGACCGAGGAUGAUACAUUAUGGUUCGAUGGUGGAUGUUUUAGGUCGUGCUGGUCGACUUAAGGAGGCUUACGAGUUCAUCACAAGUAUGCCUGUGGAGCCCGAUCCGAUUGUGUGGAGGACAUUGCUGAGUGCGUGCAACGCUCGAGACGUCGAUGGUGGGGCUCAAGUUGCAGAGGAAGCAAGGAAGAGGCUGCUCGAGCUCGAGCCGAGGAGGGGCGGAAAUGUGGUGAUGGUUGCCAACAUGUUUGCUGAAGUUGGGAUGUGGAAGCAGGCAGCAGAUUGCCGGAGGGCCAUGAAAGAUAGAGGGAUGAAGAAGAUGGCUGGGGAGAGUUGUAUUGAAGUGGGUGGCUCUUUGCGUAAAUUCUUCUCAGGUUUUGAUGUUGGGGCUGAUGAUUCUAAUGGCAUUUACGAUUUGCUCGAUAGAUUAAACUUGCACAUGCAAAUGCUUACCUUCUAGUUAGUUACACUGCAAAUUUUGUACUUCGUUGAGUUAAUGAUUUAGUAUAUGGAUUUUCAUUUUA